GAUUUUUAACAAAAUUAUGAAGUUAUAUGUAAGACAAAGUUGAGUACCACUGCAGUGACUGUUCUGUCAUGGCGGAAGAGUGUUCCUUUGUGUUGUGUUAAAAGUGACAUUAUGUUUCCUGGAUUGCAAACUUUCUGAGCAAUAAAUUUUUGAAUCAUUGUGCUGAAUAAUAAUCUACAGCCAUGAGUGAUAAAAGGCAACAGAAUUUAUCGAAGGAAGAAAUAGCAAAACAGUUUAUGUUGCCAGAGAGAAAAAGUAAAAUUGCCACUUUAUUGAAACAGGAUGGACAAGCGUAUUGCAUCUGCAGAAGUUCGGAUAGCUCACGUUUUAUGAUAGGAUGUGAUGCAUGUGAAGAAUGGUAUCACGGCGACUGCAUAAAUAUAACGGAGAAAGAUGCCAAGCACAUAAAACAGUUCUUUUGUAUUCGUUGUAGAGAAGAGGAUCCAACUUUGAUAACACGUUAUAAGCCCCGAAGGACAGAUCAGGAAGAUCGUAAGUACAAGAAACACAAGGAAAAGGAAAGAGCACACCGAUAUGAAUAUGACGCACCCUGGGAUCCUACGACAGUAAAAAAGGCAUCGAAACGUUGCGGAGAAUGCACAGGUUGCUUAAGAACAGAAAAUUGCGGGAAAUGCGAUGCAUGCAGACAUUUGAAAAAAUUCGGACCUUCGGUCAGAUUGAAACUCAGAUGUAUCCAAAGGACUUGCAGGGUAUUGGGUGAUCCAUUAAAACCGUCAAAGAGUUUUAACAAAAGUUCAAAGUUUAUUAAGAAACGAAAAAGAGACUCCAGCAACGAAAGGAAUGAAUAUUUGGAAGCGCCAAGACAUUGUUAUGGGCCUGCUUGUACGAAACAAUCACGAGCAGGCAGUAAAUAUUGCUCCGACGAGUGCGGCUUGAAACUGGCAACUAACAGAAUUUACCAAGUGUUACCUCAACGGAUACAGGAAUGGUCAUUGACGCCGUGUAUCGCGGAACAGAACAACCGAAGGCAAUUAGAAAUGGUCAGGAAGCAACAGCAGGAUGUUAGAAGAAUACUUCAGGAGUUAGAUAAGAGGCACGCGGAACUGGAUAGAAUUAUCGAACGCGCCAAGCAUGCAACAAUUGAUCCUCAAGCGGAAGUGGACGACAACGACGACACGGAGAUGAGCAUGUAUUGCAUUACUUGUGGUCACGAGAUUCAUUCGAGGACUGCCAUCAAGCACAUGGAAAAAUGCUUUAACAAGUAUGAAUCUCAAGCAUCGUUUGGUUCAAUUUUUAAAACCCGUAUCGAGGGACAAGUAAUGUUUUGUGACUUUUACAAUCCCGCGAAUCGAACUUACUGUAAAAGAUUGAGGGUUCUUUGCCCUGAACACUGCAAGGAUCCAAAAAUCAGUGAAACUGAAGUGUGUGGUUGUCCGUUGGUUACAAAUGUGUUCGAUAUAACUGGUGAAUUCUGCCGGGCGCCGAAGAAGAGCUGCGUGAAACACUAUGUCUGGGAGAAACUGAGACGAGCGGAAAUCGACAUGGAGAGGGUGAGACAAUGGUUGAAAAUAGACGAACUCGUCGAACAGGAGAGACAAAUUCGAGCGAAUAUGGCUACUAGGGCUGGUGUUUUAGCUCUAAUGCUUCAUUCUACGUAUAACCACGAAUUAAUGGAGCAAAUGACGCAAGAACAAAGUAGAGAACAGCUACAAGCUAUGGAAGAAGAAUUGCAACGAAGGUACGGCUUGCUCCAAAAAGAACACGCAGCAGAGUAAUGAUUAUUUUCAUGGUCAAUGGCGUCUUAUAGUUGAUGGUAUGCUGAAUUUUCUAACAUAUCUCCACGACGUGUUCAAUAUCGUAUUUAUAUUAAUGUUGUACUGUACAGUGUAACAUUAUUAAUAAUAAAAUAUAGAAGAGUAUUUUAACGGAUAAGAGAUUUUAUAACAAUACAAUGAUAAAUUUGUAAAAUAGUUACUAUUAAGAAUUGUAGAAAAUUUUUUUUUUGAUAAAUUGAACAUUACAGAUACUCGAUCGUUGAGAUUUAAUUGAAAAUAAAAUUGUUCAUAAUGAAAAAGGAAAAGUUACUGAAGCAAAAACCGGUUGAGAUACCGGUUUAACGAUAACUUUUACCAUAGUAACAUACUAUUGUCAUAAUGCUUGAUAUAAUGAAACCAACGAUUUGCUGACUGAGUGAAUCAAAAGGCGUUCGUCACAAAAAUGAAGCUGCAAAAAAAAAUAGCAAAAAUUGUCUCUGGUUCGACUUUGUAUAAUUGUGUAUUCCUCUUUAUUUAUAACGUUCAAUUAAACUUUUGUAAAUUCAAAUUUAUAAUAUAAUUUUUCAUUAUCUA